CUGCGAAGAACUCACUACAGCAAGUGGUCUCCUUUGUCGACGCGCGCGGCCUUCUAGUCGAAGAUCGUAGCAACGUGCGUGUCAAUAUGACAGUUCUGACUCCCUUUAGCCGCAUCAGUCCACCGAUUCCCGUCCUCACUGAACACGUGCGAAAGGGCAAGUUCUACACGAGAAAGGAGCCCAUCCAGGACUUCAUGCUUGACAAGG